AUGCGCAAAGCAAUAACCUCUCGAGAACCCGUCAAGAUUCAAGCCACAGACGAUACCAUGUUGGCAGAGUGGUGCAAUGCUUCACAGAACCGGGGCUAUGGAGACAAGUGCAAGCAAGCUAUCAUCUUUACCGCAAGCUCUACAGCCUUUUAUGGCGUCAAAGCGCUCGUCGUGAUUGGCAUAGCACCUCGCAGACCUUAUGACGAAGCAUACCAAGCCUGGAUGCGAGAGGUGCAGAAACAAAUCGCAGAAUCCACCUUUGCAAUCACUUGUAUAGAAGCGAGAGAGGCUGAAAAGCGAAAAGCAUCCGAUCGGGCGCGGGAAGAGGCCGAACUCAAUUCGAAAAAGCUUCAACUCCGGCAACGAGAAGUCAUUAUUGCUAAAGAAAAGACAAAGACCGUUUUGGCAAUGGCAGAGACUAUCGAUGUAGGAUUUUUCGACUAUCUACCGACAGGAGAGCUCAUACAAGCCAACAACGCGUUCUAUCAACUGAGUGGAUAUCCAAAAGAUCCAGCUUUGAACAAGCAAUACACNUUUUUGGACUAUUGUAUGCCAGACGACGUCGACACAGUCAUGGAAAAAUGGACUGGGCUCAUGUCCGGUGUGCCCUGUACAUUUGAGAUGAGAUGGAAGAACAAUACUCCUUCCGGCCAAUGGGUACUGGCCGCUUGCACGCCAGUCUUCGACGAGGAAGGCAACAUCGUCAGCAUCUCGGGCUGUACAACAGACCUUAGCAAGCAAAAACUCGCUCAGGAGAACGCUCUCAAAAGAGCCGAGGCGCUUGAACAGGUAAGAAUCAGCCAAGCAAGGUUGCUGCAAUUCACGAAUAUUGCGCCCAUCGGUAUCAUGAUACGGGGAUAUCCUAACGACGACUUGUAUUUUAACAACUGCUGGUACGAAAUGACUGGCCAUCCGAGACGAGCAUUUUCAGACGUGGAUCCCGCGUCUGUAUAUUAUCCUGACGAUCUAUGGAUACCCCGCGCGAAGAUUGCAGAGUGCCUCGAGUAUAAAAAAUCCGUCGAAUUCCGAGCUCGACUAAGAAAGACUUGGACCAGCGUUGACGGCUCAUUUCAAGGGCAGGCAUGGGUUUCCGUCAUAUGCUUUCCAGAGUACAGUGAGGAUGGCACUCUGGUCAAAGCUAUGUCUACAUGGACUGACAUCUCACAUCUGCAAUUCGAGGAACAUCUGCAACAGAAGAGGCUCGAAGCAGCCAUAGAAGCGAAGAGGAGCGCCGAGGCCUUCAUUGAUAUUACCAGUCAUGAGAUUCGAAACCCGCUUGGAGCGACAAUGCACUGUGCUGAUAUGCUGAGGGAAUCGCUUGUCGAAAUGGGGCAGCUUAUCAACACACUCGCCGAGGGCAAUCUGGACGAGGAAACGCGUCAGAAUACAAAAGGGAGACUGGAAGAGCAUCUUAAGAGUGGCACCGAGACGGUUGACACCAUUCUUUCUUGCUCCAUGCACCAAAAACGGGUAACCGAUGACAUUCUAUCUUUGUCGAAGCUCGAUUCCAAUCUUGUUCGGGUGACUCCAACCACGGUUCGCGCAACAGAAAUAUUGGACACAAACAUCUUCAGUGCUGAAGCUGAUCGCAUGGGUGUACAACUUCAGACAGAGCUAGACACUUCACUAAGCGAGCUCGACAUUGAUUGGGUUCUUGCGGAUUCCGGAAGGAUAUCCCAAGUACUAGUCAACCUCGUCACCAACGCCAUCAAGUUUACAAAAACUUCCCAAAGCGAGCGCACAGUUGUCGUACGUCUCGGAGCAUCGAAAGAGCGGCCCUCCAAUCUGUCGGUGACUUACGCCACGAUGAACACUUCCGACGCUCGAGUGCAAACCGAGCUCACGAAUGACGGAACUAUCUACCUUUGGUUCUCGGUAACCGAUAGCGGCUGCGGUAUGAGUGAGGAGGAGCAAAAACGCAUGUUCAACCGUUUUUCUCAAGCUUCUCCCAAAACCUACACUCAAUACGGCGGCUCUGGAUUGGGACUGUUCAUUAGCAAGAGGCUCGUGGAACUCCAGGGCGGACAGAUUGGUCUCUCCUCUGUAGUCGACGUCGGCUCCAGAUUCGCUUUCUACGUCCCCGCGACACGGGCUACAGAACCCUCAGAUCCACCAAAGCCGGAUCUCGCAAUACACACAAGAUCUCAGACUCUUACUUCAGCUCCUGUACAGGUCAAUGGAAUAGAUGCCAGUCAGCCCUCUUCAACUCUUUCUAUUUUGGUGGUCGAGGACAACCUUGUCAACCAAAAGGUCCUCCAAAAACACCUCACCAAGCUCGGACACAAAGUGCAGGUAGCAAACCAUGGCCAAGAAGCACUGGACUUCCUCGCAACCACCAGUGCUUGGAAACACGCCAAUCAAAACUCCACAAGCACCCUACAAGAUGUUGACGUGGUUCUUAUGGACAUCGAGAUGCCUGUCAUGAAUGGAUUGAUCUGCUCAAGGCGGAUCCGCGACAUGCAGGCUUCGGGAGAACUUGUCAGGCAUGUUCCCAUUAUUGCAGUCUCGGCCAAUGCUCGUACCGAGCAGACGAAGCAGGCCCAUGAUGCAGGAGUGGAUGACUUUAUCGUAAAACCUUUCCGGAUACCGGAGUUAAUUUCUGUCAUCAGUCGAUUGGUAGAGGUUGCAUGA